AAAAUCCCAAAAUUGCUAGGAUUUGAAAUGUGUGACAGAGAGCAAUAAUAUAUCUUCAAAAGUCCCAAAACAGAUAUAUACUUACUUUGAUUUGAGAAAUAAGACCCAAUCAUUGAGAUAUGGGAAACACAAAGGGACUCGUACAUAAUGAUCCCAAGCUUGGUUCCGCCAUGGAUGACCUUCCUUUCAGAUUUUUCCAGUUCUUUGUUAUGUCAACUCUUCGCAUUGAUCUCCUCCAACCUGGUCGCAUCCUUUGCUCUCUCAAAGUCCCUGCUCGUUUGAUUAACGAUAAUAAUUCCCUGCGCCACGGAGCCUCCGUGUUCCUUGUCGAUACUUUGGGUCAUGCAGCGGUGAAGACUCUGGGCCCUCCCUCCACCGGAGUAUCCCUCGAAGUCAACGUCUCCUUCUUCGAUGCUGCUUAUCUCGACGAGGAGAUUGAGAUUGACAGCAACGUUUUGCGUCUGGGAAAGACCAUUGCAGUAGUUAAUGUUGAAAUUAGGAAGAAAAGCAAUGGUAAAAUUAUUGCUCAGGGUCGCCUCACCAACUACACCCCCGUCUCAAGCAAAUUGUAGUCAUGAACUUUCACUUGGACGUCGUGUUGCCAACCAUUUUCCUCUGCCUCACGUACUGAUGUGCCAGAUUUCAUUUUCAGGCUUCAACCGAAAGAAAUGUACUAAUAAUGAUAACAUGUUGCAGAAAUAUAAUGGUGAAGAUAUCACAUUGUCUUAAGAAAUGUAAUGGGAUAUUACAUUUUGUGCAUUUUCGAUUUUCCAAAUGGUAGUGUAGCUAAGUAUAGGGCUGGCUUGGUAGCAAAAGGAUAUCCUCGAGAGGAAAUUGAUUAGGGGAAAGCCUUCAGUGAAGAGGUUGUGAAGAUAUAUAUAAUACUUAUCAUUCUAUCUCUUGAUACUCAAUUUGGGAGGAAUUUGCAACAUGACACUACGGAUGCAUUUCUUCCAGGGGAUGUUCAUGAAGGGGUUUAUAUGUGAAAACUUAAAAAAUUUGUUCAACAAUUCUCGCCCAAUCUAGUUCGUAAACUUCUUAAAUUUCUCUAUGGAUUGAAGCAAGUGCCGUGUUAGUUUGUAAACUUCUUAUGGCUUGAAGUAAGCAUUUUGUGCUUGGCUUGAAUGUUUUACGUCCCAUCUUUUAACUUUGGAAUUCAUUCCCUCCAAUGUCGAUUCUUUCUUGUGUUCA